AUUUCUGUUACGUCAACUCGGUUUUGGGAGAUAAAUCAAAACAAAAGUUAGCUAGAAACGUUUUAAUUUUAAUAUUUUCCUAAUAAAACGUGUGUUUUAGGUGUUAAUGAAUAAUAUUAUACUUAUUUUGUAAAGUAAACCAACGAAAUACUUUGCUCAACGCCAGAGGCGGACGGAAGCCUUAUUUACCAUAGAUAAAACCAGACCACUCACUAGGCUCUUCGAUCGUGCGCAAGCGAUCACCCACCGCGUGAUAAGCUUUCCAAGACGUGUGUGCGUGCGUAAAGAGCGUAAACGCGUGGAACUCUAGCGGAACCUCGCUCAAACCUGAGACGCUCAAACAAGAGAGCAGCCGACCGAUUCACCGAAGUUGCGUUCCAUCGAAGUUUCUUCUCCAGCGUUCGCUCAGCAGGAUGACGACGGAUCAGCAAUCGGAGCAGCUUCAAGUUCAACGUUCAGCGAAUCGGCACCACAUCAAGCAGGCCAUGUUUGCGCGGGUCACCUUCUAUCCCACGUUGUUCUACAACGUGUUCAUGGAGAAAGUGACCAAGAGGAAUUGGUAUGAUCGGAUAGACGAGAACAUGAUUCUGGGAGCGCUUCCGUUCCGUGCGAUCGCACCGGAGAUGAUCAAGCAGGAGAACAUCAAAGCCGUCGUCUCGAUGAACGAAGACUACGAGCUGUGGGCGUUCUCCAACAACAAGGAACGGUGGUCCAAGCUGGGUGUUGAGUUCCUCCAGCUGGCCACGACCGACAUCUUCGAGGCCCCCUGCCAGGACAAGCUGUGGAGUGGCGUGCAGUUCAUCAAUCGGUUUCUGCCGAAGGAGAAACGGAUGCAGGCGCUGGCGGAUGUGGCCGAGGAGUUCAAGGAGGACCGUGUGGGAACAGUUUAUGUUCACUGUAAGGCCGGCCGGACGAGAAGUGCCACUCUGGUGGGCUGUUAUCUGAUGAUGCGCAACGGAUGGAGCCCGGAACGGGCGGUGCAGCAUAUGCGCGAAUGCCGACCGCACGUGCUACUCGGUAGCAAACAGUGGGAAGCGAUGCGGAUAUUCUACAGCACUCGACUCGGCACGGAACCAGGUCAAAAGCCAUCGACGACAUCACAUCAAUAGGUCCAAAACUAAACGAAAAUAUCUCUCAACAACAGACAACAACAACGAUAACAACGUAGGAACAAAAUAAAUCAAAUUCUAUUCAAUUGUAAAUAGGACUAGGACAUCGGUUAAGAAUGAAACGCCUUUUGAAGCUUAUAGUUGUUUUCAUCUUGAAUAAGCAUUUUAUAAGACUUUUAAACUUCCGAGAAUAAUUUAAAUAAUAAUUAACUUUGUUAUGCAAAUGUGA